AAAAGUUACCAAAAAUGGCAGGAAAAUUCGAAUCGAUCGAAAAAUUUUACGACCAACCUUUUUUCGCUUUGAAUAAAGUUACUUUUAGAAUGUCGGGAUGGUGGCCGUUUCAAGAGACCAAAAAACGGCAAAUGAUUUGGAGUUUUGUUUGGUUUUGCAUCGUCACAGUCGUCAUCCCAGAAGUAAUUUAUCUAAUUCAAAUUAUCAAGGACUUGACAAAGGUAAUCGAAUGUUUCAUGGCCCUGACAAUUACCUACGGUGCAUUCACCAUGGCGUUCAAUGCCUGGCACAACAACGACUCGCUGAAAAAGAUCCUCGAGCACAUCUACUCGAACUGGGAAAAUCUGCGCGACGAGCAGGAGCUGCGAAUAUUCACCGAUCGCGCGACCAUCUCGAGGCUCGUGAACAUAGUCUAUGCUCUGGCUGUGUUUUACAACAUCAUGAUACACACGGUGUCACCACUGAUUCCACCCGUCGUCGACUGGUUCAUGAUCGGUAACUGGACGAGGCCCGAGAAAAAUCUGCUCGAGGUCGAGUAUCUGUUUCUCGACCCGGACCGGUAUUAUACAUUAAUUUACGUUCACGGCGCGCAAGCUGGAUUUCUCGUUGUGUUCGUUAUCGUCACCCACGAUACGUUCUUCAUGACGAUAACUCAGCACUCGUGCAGCAUGUUUACGCUUUUAGGGCACAGAAUACGCAAGAUGGACGAAGAUAUUUUGAAGAGAAACAGACGCCACUCUUACGCCAUGCAAAGAGUCAAAGAAAUCAUAUUUUUCCAUCGAGACUGUCUCAGAUUCGCUCAACUGUUGGAAGACACGAUGAGCGUCAUGUUUUUAUUUCAAUUGUUUCCGAGUGUAUUAAUGAUUAGCGUCGUUGGAGCUCAAGCAAUGAUUCGUGCCCAGGCAAUCGAAGAAUUGAUCAAAUUCGGAUUCAUAUUUAUUUCCAUGAUAGUUCGUUUGUUCUUCAUUUGCUGGUGCGCUCAAAGUAUCAUGGACAAUAGCCUCGUAGUAAUGUCAUAUUUAGCAAAUACGAGGUGGUACGAGUAUCCUGAAAGCUCGAAAAAAUUGUUCCAGCUGAUGUUUAUGAGAUGCUCAAGGCCUUCUUAUCUGACGGCCGGCAAUAUGAUCAAAACUUCCAUGUCGUACUUGACGAUGAUUCUUCAAACGCAGGAAUAA